AGAACGAAAAUUUCUAGAACAAACAUUUUUCCAGACGAAAUAUACCCACUAUACGGUAUUAAACCAUUCAUGAAUAAUACUGUUUGUUGUUAAUGAAUGAGAUCCAAAUGCUAUGGAGAGCACUACCUGAGAUCCUUUCAACAGAAUACGACCUUAUAGUGUAGUACUGGAUCAUAAUAGGCUAUUAAUUAUAUCUAGUGCAAUCUCAAUUUUAUGUAGCACCUUAUGAUCUUAAGACAUUGCAGCUUGAUUCAAUGAUUUAAUGAUUGCCGGAGCUAAUAUCAUUAAAAUCACUGUAACAGUUAAAUUACAUGUACAUGUACACCAGACCCUUUAUUUCUUGUCUAAAGUGUCUUCAGUUAUUGUUUUAGGAUUGAGUCAGUAAUAAUGAUGGUCUUUCACAAUUACUCUGCUAAUAAUGUAUACAUCACUGAGUGUCUACUAGUGAUCCUAUACCUGAUAAGAGAAGGAGAGUAAAGGAUAUGAUGGUGUUUAUUAGGCGUGUGCCCUCCUACCCACUGGAAGAAAGAAAGGAGAGAGAGAGAGAGAGAGAGGUGUCUUCUUCUUACUAUUAUUAUUAGUGAAGUGUGUUUAUUGUUGUUGGUGGUGGUGAUGUCUUUUGAUUCUUCUGGCUCAGGGGAGAAGUUGUUUGAUUAUUUAAGGAUAAAGUUUAGGAUUGAAGCUGGCUGUAAAGUGUCCUGCAACAUCCCUUCCAAUACUUGGAAGGAGUACAAGAAGCAAUGGGUAGUACUGAACACUAGUAUCAGUCCGUCUCAGUGUUACAUCACCUACUGCCCACAGGAAGAGUACUGGAUAUCAAACCAGAAGAAACUCUCUAAACUUGUCCUUGAUAACUUCCACCUGGAGAAACCCUCAGGGCGGAGUGCUAAGAAUAUACUAGGAAUAUGUUACGAGCACUAUACCCUCUUCAUUGAGUUUGAGUCAACCAGCAAACUCCAACUCUGGUCUGAGAAACUAGACAUCAUUAGAACUAAGACCCUAGUUGAGCUAGUAAGAUCUCCAGAGCACCCCGAAAGAGAGAGAGAGUACAUUAUUGACCUCCAGCAGGACAGGCUUCUCUUCUUCCCUCAUCAGUUGGGACAUGAGGUUGAAGACAUUAUUGAGUUUGAGUGGAAACUAGACUGCAUUAGGAGAGCAAAGUAUCACAAACACGUCGGGAAAGUUGAAGUGGAAGUUGGAAGGGCUGCAGUAACUGGUGAAGGACACUUUUAUUUCAUCGGUCCUCAGAUAGUUCAUUUCUUUCAAAUCCUAAAGGAAAGGAUCGAAGUCUUAAGCCACUCCAGCAACAAUGCCUUCUCUCCUUCCUCCACCAGGAAGAAGCCAGACAACAGUUACUCAACAAGAAGGAAACCUUCAGAUCACAGUUUCUCGGGCAGCGUUGACUACACUCCCAUGUCCACCUCAUCACCAGAAGACCCUGAUGGCCAUCAAGGUGACUCACCCUCAUCAACUGGAGAGAGUUCAGGAGAUCCUUACCCAUUCCGUGCUCCUCUUCCUCCUCCUCCUCCUCCUCUCUCUCCUCCAGUAUCAUCCUCUCAUAAGCUCCCAGCUAUCCCUCCAGUCGCUACUCCCGUACUCAGCCCAGCUCCCAGUAUACCAGAGUUCUCUGAGGCUGGUCAUUAUCCUUUAUCAAAGUCUGUUAGCAUGACCAGUGACUACCAGUCCUUGCAGCACAGUACCCGUCAGAGACCCUCUGAGUAUGAGUCAGUAUCACUAACAGCCAAACCAUCAUUUAGAAUCAACUCACUGCAAUGAAACUGGAGCUACUGUACAUGUACAUGCAUGAAUUUUACUCUUUCUCCUUGCUAUAGUCUCAUAUUAAUGCUGUACAUAUAUGCAUGUAUAUAUAUAUGCAUGUAUAUGUACAUGUAUGUGUAUACAGUAACCAUUUCUGUAUGUUUAUGUUAUCCUGAGGUGGUGGGUAGCUUUUGUUUAUUCAACGUUUUUUAUUAAUUUAUUUUACUAUAAAGAUAAUUUUCCAUUAUGUACUGUUUAUUUAGUCCAAUAUCUUUAUUCCUUUACACAUAAACUCUCUCAUCUUUCUUUUGUACGUUCUUAAAAUUUUAUCUGAGUUU